GAGGCACCUGUCUUGCUUUGAGAUACGGCUUCAGGGUCUAACGCCCUCUUUUAUUCUCUUUUCCCGCAUACCCCAACCUCCAUACGCCAUUUUAUCUCUGCUUCUGAAACCUACAAGCACUCUCUCUCUCUAGGUACAAAGCCUUCUCUUAGCGUCUCUAGUUGCGAUGCCUAAGUUAUCAUCAACUAUUCGGAAUCAGAUUCGGUUCUUGCUUCAGAGUUUGAACGAGGCCAACGUCGAUUCUGUUUUCCGAGAACUCUGUCAGUUUAUUGAAUAUGGAGUUGAGGAAAGUGUUCUGGUGCUCCAAACCUGCUUGGAACACCUGCAUUUCCACAGGACAGACUUGCAAAACUUGCAGCUGGAACCAUUUCUUGUGUCAGUUUUCAAAUUUCUUUUGGACAAACCAAAUUUCAGCACGGUGCUUUGUCAGUCACUAAGAAGCGCAGCUAUUAAUGAUGAAUUCCUAGAGGAUUUGUCUAACAUGUUACAUUUAUCUCUGUCUGAAAAAAUUGGCAUUGGUCUUGCUCUGUCUGAGUCUGAGAUCAUUGAAACCAGAAUGAGUGCAAAGAAAUUUUGCAUGGCUCAGAUUGAGGAAUUGUGUGCGAAUCCAGUUUCAGUGAAUUCUGUGGAGCAAAUUCAGAAUAUUGUUAUGUUCCUUCGGCGGUCUGAAGGCCUUUCCAAGCAUGUAGACCGCCUUUUGCAGAUAUUGUCCUUAUUGCAACCUCAAGAGCCCUUUUCAUUUGUUUUAAGUCCACUGCUUUCAGAUGAAAUGCGCGAGGCCAAUUUCUUGAGGAAUUGGGAUCAGUACCAUGAAUGUGAGGAAAAUGAAUUUUAUGCACUUUUAGCUGAAAUGGAGGAGGAGAUGAGCGCAGGUGAUAUCGUGAAGGAAUUGGGCUAUGGAUGCACAUUUGAUGCCUCACACUGCAGAGAGAUUUUGUCUCAAUUCUUACCACUGACUGAGACUACUAUCUCGAAGAUACUUGGAACUAUUGCACGCAGCCAUGCUAGCCUCGAAGACAACCAAAGCACAUUUUCAAACUUUGGUAUAGCACUUGGAUGCAGCAUUUCCUCUGAUCUCCCACUUUUAAGCUCCUGGGAUAUUGACAUUCUUGUGAUGACUAUUAAGCAACUAGCUCCUGGUACCAACUGGAUACAAGUGAUAGAAAAUAUGGAUCAUGAAGGAUUUUACAUCCCUAAUGAGGAAGCAUUCUCUUUCUUCAUGUCUGUAUAUAGACAUGCUUGCCAGGAUCCUUUCCCUCUCCAUGCUAUUUGUGGAUCCCUGUGGAAGAAUACUCAGGGUCAGCUAUCUCUUCUCAAAUAUGCUGUAUUGGCCCCACCAGAAGUGUUUACCUUUGCUCAUUCUGGAAGACUGCUGGUCUAUCAUGACGCAGUACAUGGUUAUAAGCUUCAACUUGGACAUGCAAAUCAUGCAUGGUUGUGUCUUGAUCUUUUGGAUGUGCUCUGCCAAAUAGCUGAGAUGGGUCAUUCUAGUUCUAUUCAAUCAAUGCUUGAAUAUCCUCUGAAGAACUGUCCAGAAAUCUUACUUCUUGGGAUGUCACAUAUCAAUACUGCUUAUAACCUUCUCCAAUAUGAAGUGUCUUUUAUGGUUUUUCCUAUGAUAAUCAAAAGCGGCACAGGAAGUGGUAUGAUUCAUUAUCUCUGGCACAUAAAUCCCAGUCUUGUUGUGCGGGGAUUUGUAGAUGCUUACAACAUCGAACCAGACCUCAUGACCAAGAUAUUGGACAUAUGCCGAGAGCUGAAGAUUCUGUCAUCAGUGCUAGACAUGAUUCCUUCUCCUUCAGGCAUCAGAUUGGCAGCCCUAGCUUCACGAAAAGAACUUGUUGACCUUGAGAAGUGGCUGACUACUAAUUUAAUUACAUACAAGGAUUUUUUCUUUGAGGAAUGUCUCAAGUUUUUGAAAGAGGUCCAACUUGGCGGAUCACAGGAUUUUUCUGCUAAACCUUUGUAUCAUACUAGUUCUACAACAAAUAUUUAUAUGGAGACUAGUUCUACCUUUCUGAAGGUCCUUAAAGCCCAUACAAGCUUAAUUGUCUCCAGUCGACUUUCUGAGGAAAUGGAACGGUUAAAUCUAACAAUUAUGGGCUCUAAUCCUCAGCUGCAAAAUGGUGGCUCUGCAGAUUCAUCUACCCCUGAUGGGUUUUCAGAUGAUGUUGAGGCAGAAGCAAACUCUUACUUCCAUAAAAUGUUUUCUAGUCAGUUGACAAUUGAUGCGAUUGUUCAAAUGCUUUCUCGAUUCAAGGAAUCGCCUGUGAGAAGGGAGCAGUUAAUUUUUGAAUGUAUGAUUGGCAAUCUAUUUGAGGAGUAUAGAUUCUUCCCAAAGUGUCCUGAAAGACAACUAAAAAUUGCAGCUGUUCUAUUUGGUUCUGUUAUCAAGCACCAGCUCGUAACUCAUCUGACACUGGGGAUUGCCUUGCGUGGUGUUUUAGAUGCACUAAGAAAACCCCCAGAUUCCAAAAUGUUUGUGUUUGGAACCAAGGCUUUGGAGCAGUUUGUGGAUCGCCUGAUUGAGUGGCCACAGUAUUGUAACCAUAUCUUGCAGAUAUCUCAUUUGCGUGGCACUCAUUCAGAGCUUGUUUCUUUCAUUGAACGGGCGCUUGCCAGGAUUUCAUCAGGUCAUUUGGAAUCCGAUGGAAGUAACAAUGCUUCUGCUGCUUAUCAUCAUGGUUUAUCUCAGGCUAGCUUAGGGAAUGGAGAGUUGAAUAGUGUUAACACCACACAGCCUAUGCAGCAACUUUCCUCUGCACUUCAUGUUCAACAGGGACAUGAAAGUCCUCUUGAUGAUCGUCAUAAAGUUGCUGUGGCUUCAUCUAAUGACACCAAAUCUCUUUUAUCUGCUGGAGGGCAAUCUUCGGUUGCUCCUUUAGGUGAUAAUUCGAGUACUCAGAAGAGUGUGGUCAGUACUCCUGCUAUGCUGUCUUCUUCUCAUGGUUUCCAUCGUCCUUCUCGAGGAGCUACCUCUGCUAGGUUUGGCUCUGCUUUGAACAUUGAAACACUUGUAGCUGCUGCUGAGAGAAGGGAAACACCGAUAGAGGCUCCAGCAUCUGAGAUUCAGGAUAAAAUAUCGUUCAUCAUUAACAAUAUUUCAGCUGCAAAUGUUGAAGCUAAAGCAAAAGAAUUUACUGAAAUAUUGAAAGAGCAGUACUCUCCCUGGUUUGCCCAGUAUAUGGUCAUGAAAAGGGCAAGCAUUGAACCCAAUUUUCAUGACUUGUACUUGAAGUUUCUUGAUAAAGUUAAUUCGAAGGCCUUACAUAAGGAGAUUGUCCAGGCCACUUAUGAGAACUGCAAGGUUCUCUUAGGUUCAGAGCUUAUAAAAUCAAGUUCAGAGGAGCGUUCAUUGCUAAAAAAUCUGGGAAGCUGGCUUGGGAAAUUAACAGUUGGCAGGAAUCAAGUUCUAAGGGCUCGUGAGAUAGAUCCCAAAUCUUUGAUUAUUGAGGCUUAUGAGAAGGGGCUGAUGAUUGCUGUAAUUCCGUUUACUUCAAAGAUCCUGGAGCCGUGCCAAAGUAGUCUAGCAUACCAACCUCCUAAUCCUUGGACAAUGAGUAUUCUUGGAUUGCUUGCUGAAAUUUAUUCAAUACCAAACUUGAAAAUGAAUCUUAAGUUUGACAUAGAGGUUCUAUUCAAGAACCUUGGUGUAGAUAUGAAGGACAUAGCACCCACUUCUCUUCUGAAGGAUCGGAAAAGAGAAAUUGAAGGGAACCCUGAUUUCUCUAAUAAAGAUGCUGGAGCAUCCCAACCACAGAUUGUUGCUGAAGUCAAGUCUGGGAUAAUCUCUCCACUAAGUCAUGCUGAGUUACCACUUGAGGUUGCCAAUCCACCUAAUUCUGGUGGCCAUACACAUUUGUUAUCUCAGUAUGCUGCUUCUGUUCAUCUUCCUUCUGGGACUUUGAUGGAGGAGGAAAAACUAGCUGCAUUAGGCUUGUCUGAUCAGCUUCCUCCUGUUCAAGGACUAUUUCAAGCUAAUCCAUCCCGGUUGCCUUUUUCUGUCAGUCAGCUUCCCACUGCCAUACCCACCAUUGGAACUCAUGUUAUCAUCAACCCAAAGCUCAAUUCUUGGGGCUUGCACUUGCAUUUUCAAAGGGUGGUUCCUAUCGUAAUGGAUAGGGCAAUCAAAGAAAUAGUGUCUGGCAUCGUUCAACGUAGUGUUUCUAUAGCUACACAGACAACAAAGGAACUUGUUUUGAAGGAUUAUGCCAUGGAAUCCGACAAGACACGAAUAUAUAAUGCAGCACACUUGAUGGUUGCAAGUUUGGCUGGAAGCUUAGCUCAUGUGACAUGCAAGGAGCCAUUGCGUACUUCGAUUUCAACUCAACUAAGGAACUCACUUCAAGGUUUGAGUAUUGCAAGUGAACUUCUGGAACAUGCUGUGCAACUUGCUACAAAUGAUAACCUUGAUCUUGGAUGUGCAAUAAUUGAGCAGGCUGCUACAGAUAAGGCAAUACAAACCAUUGAUGGGGAAAUAGCUCAACAACUUUCUUUAAGAAGGAAGCAUCGGGAUAGUGUUGGUUCAACAUUUUUUGAUGCCAACAUGUAUACCCAAGGUUCUAUGGGUGUUCUACCUGAGGCGCUCUGCCCUAAACCUGGUCACCUUUCUGUCUCUCAACAGCGAGUUUAUGAGGACUUUGUUCGGCUUCCAUGGCAAAACCAAUCUAGCCAGAGCUCACAUUCUAUUCCUACAGGCUUAUCGUCUUCUUCUGGUGCUACUGGUCUGGCUAGUGCAUUUGGUUCAGGUUCGGAACAACUUAAUGCAGGCUACUUAUCUACUCCAGGCAAUAUAGGAUUUGAAGCAGCCUCUCGGACAUUGGAUAUAUCUUCUGAUGCUAUUGAAUCUAAUUCAGCUGCAGUUUUUAGUUCUUCAUCUAUCCAUAUUGGGGCAACUGAUGGCGUUACCCAGCAGAAUUCUGAAAACAAUUCUGUCAUUGCUUCAUUUCCUUCAACUGCUCCAGCCCCUGAACUUCAGCCAGGGGAUUCCUCUGAUGCUGUGAAGGAAUUGACUUCACAACAAAUAUCUUCAUCAGCUGCUUCUGAGAAACUUGGGAGUGGCAUUUCAGAACCUUCAUUAAAUACAAGUGAUGCAUUGGAUAAAUAUCAGAUUGUCGCACAAAAGUUGGAGGCUUUGGUUAAUAGUGACGCUAGAGAAGCAGAAAUCCAGGGACUAAUUGUGGAGGUUCCUGAAAUCAUACUUAGAUGUAUCAGUCGAGACGAGGCUGCCUUAGCUGUGGCACAAAAGGUUUUCAAGGGUUUAUAUGAAAAUGCAUCAAACAAUUUUCAUGUUAAUGCUUGUCUUGCAAUUCUGGCUGCUAUUCGUGACGUUUGCAAGCUUGUGGUUAAAGAACUCACUAGCUGGGUGAUUUACUCAGACGAGGAGCGAAAGUUCAACAAAGAUAUUACUGUUGGCCUUAUAUGCAGUGAAUUGCUCAAUCUUGCAGAGUACAAUGUGCAUAUGGCGAAGCUUAUUGAUGGGGGAAGAAAUAAGAGUGCAACUGAGUUUGCUAUUUCUCUUAUCCAAGCACUAGUUAUUGAAGAAUCAAAAGUUAUUUCCGAACUCCACAAUCUUGUUGAUGCAUUGGCUAAGCUUGCUACAAAACCUGGAUCUCUUGAGUCAUUACAACAAUUGAUUGAGACUGUACGGAAUCCUCUUGCUAAUUCUGCUGUGCUGUCUGGUUUUACUGUGGGAAAAGAGGAUAAGACUAGACAAUAUAGAGAUAAAAAGGCUGUGAAUGAGCCUAUUGCUAAGAGGGAAGACUAUAGCAAUGCUGAAUCUGUGGAACCAGAUCCUGCUGAUUUGCGUGAGAAGGUUUCCAUGCUGUUUGUGGAAUGGUACCGGAUUUGCGAACUUCCAGGUGCAAAUGAUGCUGCUUGUACUCAUUUUAUCUUACAAUUGCAUCAAAAUGGACUAUUGAAGGGGGAUGACAUGACAGAUCACUUUUUCCAAAUUCUUACGGAAGUCUCUGUUGCACAUUGCUUAUCUUCUGAGGUGAUUAAUUCUAGUGCCCUGCAAUCAACUCAGCAAGGGCAGAAUUUGUCCUUCCUAGCCAUUGAUAUAUAUUCAAAACUUGUUUUUUCAAUCCUAAAGGUGGAGCAGGGAUCAAGUAGAUUCUUUCUGUUGUCAAAGAUUUUGGCUGUUACUCUGAGAUUUAUACAAAAAGAUUCAGAAGAGAAGAAAACAUCUUUUAACCCAAGACCAUAUUUCCGACUGUUUGUGAACUGGCUAUUGGACCUUGUCUCCUCAGAUCCUGUUAUUGAUGGUGCAAACUUUCGGAUCUUGACAGCUUUUGCUGGUGCAUUCCAUAAUUUGCAGCCCCUUAAAGUUCCUUUGUUCAGCUUUGCGUGGCUUGAGAUGGUGAGUCACAGGAGCUUUAUGCCAAAAUUGCUCACAGGAAAUGCUCAGAAGGGGUGGCCCUAUGUCCAACGCUUGCUAGUAGAUUUGUUCCAGUUCCUGGAGCCAUUUUUGAGGAGUGCUGAACUAGGAAUUCCUGUUCACUUUCUGUAUAAAGGUACACUAAGGGUGCUGCUGGUUCUGCUUCAUGAUUUCCCAGAAUUCCUGUGUGAUUAUCAUUUCACCUUCUGUGAUGUGAUUCCUCCAAGCUGCAUACAAAUGCGGAAUAUUAUACUCAGUGCAUUCCCCCGCAAUAUGAGGCUGCCGGAUCCAUCUACUCCCAACUUGAAGAUUGAUUUGCUUCCAGAAAUAAGGGAGGUUCCUCACAUUCUUUCUGAGGUUGAUACAGCUCUUAAAGAAAAGCAAAUGAAAGCUGACGUGGAUGAGUAUCUCAAGACGAGACAGCAGGGUUCUUCAUUCCUUACUGAAUUGAAGCAGAGACUACUACUUUCAACAAGUGAAGCUGCCUCUGCUGGUACUCGAUACAAUGUGCCAUUGAUCAACUCCCUUGUGCUUUAUGCUGGAAUGCAGGCCAUCCAGCAGCUGCAAGCAAGAACACCUCAUGCACAGUCACUAGGAAACACUACUCUAGCUGUCUUAUUGGUGGAUGCUGCUUUGGAUAUUUACCAGACACUUAUGCUGGAACUGGACACUGAAGGACGAUACCUCUUUCUGAAUGCUGUUUCCAACCAACUUCGCUAUCCUAACAACCAUACGCAUUACUUCUCGUUUGUCCUACUUCAUUUAUUUGCAGAAUCAAACCAGGAAAUUAUUCAGGAGCAGAUCACAAGAGUCCUUUUGGAACGCUUAAUCGUUAAUCGACCACAUCCGUGGGGCCUUCUGAUUACUUUCAUUGAACUCAUCAAGAAUCCUAGGUACAACUUCUGGAAUAGAUCCUUCAUAAGAUGUGCACCUGAGAUUGAAAAGCUCUUUGAAUCAGUGGCAAGAUCAUGUGGUGGCUUAAAGCCUAUGGAUGAGAGUAUGGUCUCAGGCUGGGUGUCUGAGGGCGCACACUGAGGCUUCUUGCAUGCCUGUGAUUUUCUGCCUCGUGUAAUGUACAUAUUAUUUUGUAGUUUACGAUUUGUUUUUUCAAUAUAUUUUUGUACUGAUGCCAUAUUGAGUUAUUGGUGCCUCGUGUCAUCUAAUCCUAUUUGUAUCUAUGUGGCAGCUGAUGUGCUGAUCUUAGCUAGGUUCUCUUUUCCUUUGUUCCUCGCCAGUUAGUCCGACUGGCUGUGCCUAAUUCUUGAGCUUGCCCUCCAAAAAAGUGCAAAAUAAAAAGUGAAAAUGGUGGGGAAUGUAACCUAGUGAAAUUGUAUGAUAAGGGACCAGUCUUUCUAUC